AUGUGGAAGACCCUCUGUCUUGCGCUCCUGUGCACCGCAGCUGGUGACGAGUUCCUGAGCCGCAAAGGAGCCACGAGGGCCAGGUGCCUCCUCCAAGGCUGGGCGAACAACGCGCAAGCGAACGACCUUGUGAACGUGGCCCAGGAUUGCUUCACACCGCAGACGGCAGCCAGCAGCUCCAGCUCCGAAGGAGCGAAGUGCCCCGGCCAGUGCCCUGAGCUCAGCGCUGCCAUGGGCUGCGUGGUGAGAAAACUCGAGCAGCUCUGGGGUUGGAGACCGGAGCUAGUGGGGUCUGGUUCGAACACCGGGGGUCCUUACGAUGUCCAAGACGCGGGUCUCACCCUGGUGGGCGUGGAGACGCCUUCCGGAAGCUGGCAGUUCAUGCUGCGGAGGCCACAGGCAGGCCAAGCCAGAGGCUCAGGGGCUGGUUCUUCCCAUGUGACGGUAGAUGUGCACAGCCAUCACCGUGGCGAUGCUAGCGAGCAGCAGGAAGCAGAUCUCAUCCGCUUCGCUGAGUCCUGCUUUAGCAACACGAAGACGGACCUGGACACCUCCGACCUUGGCAGCUUGAAGCUGACUUUGGGCAACAGCGUGGACUGCGUGCUUCAGAAAUGCCUCGAGGCCUGGGGCUUCAAGCCAAAAGAAUCCGUCUAUGGUUCAGAUACCGGUGCCCAUGCUUACAGCCUCGGUGCUACGGUGAUCGGGGUAGAAUCCCCAUCAGGCAAAUGGGACUUCGUGUUGUGGCAGCAGGGAGCCCGAACAGAAGGCGACAUCUGUCGACCCGUGGAAUCCUUUGUGCUCUCCGGCUUCGAGGUGCAGGCUGGAAAGUACACCGUCUAUGACCUUCAGUUCGUUGGCUUUUCCGGAGGCAAGGUUCGCAUCCAUGAGGAAGUCAACUCACUACAGCACAUGACGGGUACCGUGACAGUUGUUGCCAGCUUGAUUGAAGUGGCGCGUCCGAGUGACGUGUUGCGCCACGUGCUCCGCAUUGGUUGGAGGCUAGGUGCCGCCUGCAUCAUCAUCGAGUGCACAGCAGACAUGACCCAGCACAGUCAUUUCCUGCAUGGGCUUCACGCUUUCGCUAAGCAAGCGGGUUUUAGGUUGACCUCCUGCGAGCUUGAGCUUGGUUUGGUUUGGGCUUCCCGCCGUAACCGCCUGUGGUAUGGUUUAGUCCCAUCCUCGAUGCCUUCUUUUUCCCUGCGGCCCUUCCCAGAGAUUUCGCCACUUCUUUGCAUUCAAGAUGUGAUUCCUGAAUGGCCCGUAUGGCCUGAGCAAGACGAGUCUGCCCUGCAAUGGCCUGCAGAACUGCAAGAGAAGCUUACUGACUCCCAGCCCGGGCCAUCAGUACAGUUGCUAGAUGCAAAAAGCCAGGCACCCACAGCACGGCACUCCUGGGGCAAUACGCUGAGCCCUUGCCCUUGCAACUGCCGCAGCCAAGGUAUCUCCGCCGAGCGCCUUCUCAACGAGGGCUUUACUGAGGUGGGCGUGCACUCGGGGCUCACUUCGCAGCCGCGUUUCCUGCAUCCGCAAGAAGUUGCGCUCCUGAACACUCUGACGCCCCGGAUUCGGUGGGCACAGGAAGUCAAGGCCGGUCUGUGUUUGGUCGGAAGCGCCAGUGCACCAAUGCAAGCAGUUUGGAUCUUUGCACAGCUCGGUCAAUGGGCUGCAGAGCACUUUCAUGAGACGGCUCUCCACUCGCCUGCAGAGGCUUUGGCUGAUUUGAAGGGAGCGCUUUUGCAAGAUGCCAAGGACUGUUUGUCUGUGCCUUCGUUACUGACCGGUGGUCAUGUGCUGGUCCAGUGCAUGCAGACUACUCAAGCCUGCCCUCUCCCACCCGCCCAGCAACCGUGGAAGGCAAAUAUGCUCACCUCGCACCUGCAUGCUAGCCUUGGGCCCGGCUACUCAAUAGCUGUUUGGGAUGCUGACCGAGCUCUUCCGGGCGAAGCCUUCCUGCACCCAUGUGGCCGCAGCACUCCAUACAUUGUCAGGAUUCGGCAAAAGAAGCAGACUGCUCAAGAGGGUUCUCUUCCUGCUUUGCCUGGAUCGGCCCCCAAGCCGGCAGUCUCCGAUGGCCAGCUUAAUGCAGCCUUAGCUGAGAUCAACUCCAGUGUUCCUGCAUCUGUCGCACAUUGCCUGCCGUGCUCACUUGCAACGGUGCUUUUGACUGCGGGCCAAUCUUGGGAUGCCCUGGGUUUCCCGUUGCAUACCGACUCCCCAAAGGUUGCCAGUGUAUAUGCCGCUGACGGGCAUUGGGCCUGCCUCGGCUUCAAGGUCCUCCAGCCCGGCUCUGUUAAGGUAUUCUACCUUGAUGGUGUGUCACUCCGAGUUCUGAAGCCUGCGCAACGCCUAUGCCAGAUCCUUGCAGCCGCUUACAAGUGGCAAGUCACGACCUUUGAGUCAUGCACAUGGUUCCCCCAAACAGGUCCCGAGGAAUGCGGCUACAAUGCCUUGCAGCACGCUCUUGCAUUCAUCCAUGACUCCCCUGAGGGUGUGCCGGAGAGGGCUGCCAGUCUUCUGCAAAAGCAUAAAGAUGCACCUGCGCUGUUUCGGGCAGCUGGCCAGCUGUCUGCAGAGCAAUGCCAGAAAUUGAGCACGCUCCUUGUCGAGCAUGGUGUGCCCCAGUCAGCUGUCGAGGAACGCAUCACCGCAGCAGUGAAUAAAAUCGGUGCUCCCAUUGCCAAGGCCUUGGCACUCAAACAAUGCUGGCCUCAGCUGAAGCAUCUCGGUUCCCAGCCUGGACAUGCUUUCCGCUGGAUCCAACAGGAUGAACUUCAAGCCCACAUUGAAGCCAAAGCGCAUGCCAAAUUUGGCACUGCAGUCGCCAAUGCAAAGGCCAAAAAGCGCAAAGACAAAGAGCCUAGGUCGCAUCCUGUCCCGUUGCAGGUUGACCCAGCCAAGCUCCUCAUUACGCCAGGUUCUUUUGUGACAGAAGACGACAGACCACUGCCGCAACUUGCCUUUGCUGAGGUCGGUCAUCAGACUCAAGGCGUUGCUUUUUGCAGUGCUCAGCAGGCCCUUCCGUUUCUUCAGGCUUACCAAUCAUUGAGUGUUGAUGCUCUCGCACUCGUCUGCGUGACUGAGCUGCCCAAUGAGGCCUGUGGAUCUGCGCCAGUUGAAUCUUUGCAGUUCCCCGCGGUGUACGGUCCCACCGAUGAGGCCAUCCUCAUUCGGGGCUCGCUCAUCCAAAUUGGAGAUGAGCCCGUGCAUUUAGCUCAUGCCAGCAUUGCCGAGGCACAGCACCUUGAAACUCUGACUUGUCGGAUCUCAGUCUAUCGGGAUGAGCUAGCGUUGGAUUGGCGCACGCUUACUGAAGGGCCCAUCAAGGCUCUGCUGCAACACCUUCCAGCCUUGACGCUCUGCGGAGAUAAAGCUUGUGCCCAAAACUGUGGGCGCUUCCAUCCUGCUGUCGAGGAGGCCGGUUCAGUUGAUAGGCUGAUCCUUGAUCUUUGGAGCCGUCAGUGGUCCAAGCUUGAAGGCGGGCGUGCCUCAGCCUCUGAAGCCCAAGCCUUUCACUGUAUGAUUCGCGUGCCCUCUUCUGCACUGUCGCAUCUUCAACAGAUUGCUACUCGAGGCUUUUAUGCCGAGCCGCGAGCCCCAGGUGGGACAGGACCGCAUCCCGGCUUCGCUGUCAUCUGGCUUCCCGAAGCCGACUACGCCAAAGCACUGCACAGCCUGCGCACCUGCGCCAAGGCGAUUGCUGUGGCAAGGUUAGGAAAGCGGUAUGGGGUUCGCGUUCGAGAAGUUGAUGAGCAAGGCGUCUUUGAGGCCUUGCGACCCGGAUGUGACUUUGCCAAGGUGCUCGUCAAGGCGCAUUAUCGCCUGCAUCCCCUGCCAUUUGGUUGCCAACGAAAACAACUGCACUCCCUUUUGCGCGGGUGGAAAUGGUCAGCUAAGCCCCUGCAGCCCGCCCGGGGCGAUGCCGAGGGUGCUGCUUGGAUUGUUGGUGCCUGUGAAGACCCGCCCGCUCCAGCCCUGACAUGUGGCGAUUCUUAUGUCUUGGUCCGCAAAGUGCGUGAUACAGCCCUGCAGCAACCACCUUCAGCUGUUACAGCUUCGAAUCGCACCAAGCGCAGCAUUCUGCAGGAUGAUGAUGACGCUGAUCCCGACCCCUGGGCCAAUGGACAAGAUCCCUGGGCCCUUGCUCGAGCGCCACCAGGGCUCCCUGCACCAGCGACUUCAUCCACCACAACCUCCAAGUUCGAACAGCUUCGGUCUGAACUCGCCACCGGGGUUACUGAACUUGUUCAGCAACAGGUAUCUGCAUCUGCUCAGGCCGUCUCUGAUCACACAUCAGCGCACGAUGCUCGGCUUGCCAAGCUUGAAACAACUGUGCAUGAGCUGCAGCUUCAGGGCACUAAGUUCGAAAGCUGGUUCCAGUCCUUUGGGCAGCAGGUCAGCACCGUGCAAACUGCGGUAGCGGCUCAGCAAUCUGAGAUUGCUCAAGUUAAGCAGGAAGUCUCCCAGCAGGCCGAUUCGGUUCAGAAGUGUGUGCAAGCUGCGGUUGGCUCUCUCGGCCUUGAUAUUUCCUCACAGCUCCAAAAGCAGCUCGAAGAGCAAAGCUCCCGACUUGAGGCUUUGUUGGCCAAAAAGCAGCGAGCCGAGUGA